AAUUAAAAAUCUACACAAAUUUAUUUUUCCCGAUCUACAUUUUCCCUUUUAACCCAAAUUGCAAAUAAUAAUUGAAAUUCCUUUCGCUUUUGAUCUCUCUCCAUCGAUUUCAACAAAGCUCAAGAGGUGCGUAAAUACGCUUCUUGAAGAUAGUUGAAGUCUUCCCUUCGAGCAGAUGGAAAAAUAGUGACAAUGCCAUCUCCAAGAUUCAACUAAACCACAGUAAGGUGUCUUUUUUAGGACAGUUACAAGCUUUUGAUCUGGCGAUCGGUCUCUCUAUAGCUUAAUCUCCACUUUCCUGAUUUGGGUUUAUCUUGUCCCGAAUUUCACAAUGGCGGCAAAAAUCCUUGCUAAUUUAAUUGUCAUGGGCUCUACAAUAUUGGCACGGUCUUUUGUUCAAGCAUAUCGUCAGGCACUGGCUAAUGCCUCUAAGAAUGGGGUUGCUCAAGAAGCAGUACAGAAUAUCAAAAGAGCGAAAACCAUGACUGAUGCAGAGGCAAGGCAGAUUCUUGGUGUCACUGAGAAUGCAUCAUGGGAAGAAAUCGUGCAGAGAUAUGAUAACUUGUUUGAGCGAAAUGCUAAAAGCGGAAGCUUUUACCUUCAGUCAAAGGUUCAUAGAGCUAAAGAAUGUUUGGAAGCAAUUCACCAACCUAAAGAACCAGAGGAAAAAUAAACAACUUUGUUCAGCAUGUUUAGUGUAUAGCUAGCUCUGCUGCAUAGUUGGUUUACCUAUAGUCAGUUUGUAGGGUUUUGUUGUGAGAAUAACUGUAGUAGAUUCUUUUAGAUGGAGGAAGCAAUUUAUACUGUAGUAACUUGAGGUUACUAUUCAAGUUUCAUGUGUGGUAUUAUAUCUGGAAUAUAUACCUAAACAUUGUACAAUAGCUGGACUUAUAAAGGGUUGUUUACCACAAGUAUGUUGACAUUGUGUCAAACAUAA